AUAGCCGCUGUUGAUUUGAACUCCAAAAAAAAAAAAUCGUCCCUAGUUUCCCGAAAAACUCCUGCCGCCGAUCUACUUUUGCAGCACUAAAUCUUGUGCCCUCCGUCGCACCAUCAGAUUGCCGGCCGAAUUGUCCUAGCCGCACCAGAUUUGGUGCGUGGUACUCCAAUGGCAUUAAGUGAUAUUCCCUUGGAGUUAAAAAGUUUCAAAAUAAGGAUGAUGAAUGCUAUAAGGAAUCUUCUCUUCUGAUUCUGAGUUAUUUGCGUUCAAUGUGGAAAUCUCUUGCUCGAUACAAGAUUUGGUGCGUGGUACUCCAAUGGCAUUGAGUGAUAUUCCCUUGGAGUUAAAAAGUUUCAAAAUAAGGAUGAUGAACGCUAUAAGGAAUCUUCUCGGUAUUCCCAUGGCUCCACCUGAUCUGGUCCCCACAACCACUCUACACAAUCCUACAUCUACUGAUGUGGAGCGUACGAUUGGGGAUACAGUGAGAGUUCCUACAGUUGAUGCUGAUGGUGUUUUUGUUGAAGGUACUGUUAAUGCCUUUCCAUCAGAUCUUGUCGUUGUUGAUACGCACGUAGAUGCACCAGGUAAAGGAGAAGUUGCAAAGGAUCCAACAUUGAGCAAUGUCAUCAUCGCAUGUAGCCUUGUGCCUUCGUUCAAAACAGCCCAAGUAGCAGAUGUGAAUUAUAGGCAAGCGGACAUCUCAUUGUCCUUUGAUAUCAUCCAGUCCUCUGCCCAUGCGAAUAUAGUGGAGUCCGAGUAUAGGGUUUCACCGCCGGUAGCUAAGUUUGCAUUUGCUCUUCUCUCUUAUGUCCAUCGAUAUACUCCAAUUUGCAGGCUUAAUGGAGAUCUAUCAUCAAGUGGGCAUAGUCUUUGGGUCAACAUUUUCUCUCCAGUCUCGAAGCAUGAGUGGGAGCCUCCACCUUGAGGACAAGGUGGUUUUCUAAGGAGGAUUUCAUUUCGAAUGAUUAAUGAAUAAAAUAUUGUUAACAUAAUCUCAAAUAACAUAAUGACCAAUUG